ACUAGGGGAGAAUCUGAUUCAUUCUGUUAAGAAAAAGUUAAUAAUAAGGUCAUGAUGACUCACAUACUCACAAUCAGUAGUUCUCUUCAUUCACUCAUCUCUUUUCAGAAUCUCUCUCUCUCUGUGCAUGGACUGAAGCCUCACUUGAAUGCUCCUCUAAAAGGAACAUCAGCAUGAGACUAGUACUUUUUACCUAUCUAAUUCACCACUCCCUUUUAUGCCUGCCUCAACCUCUUUCCUUUUUGUCUCUUCCUCUCCUCUUUACUGUAUCUUUCUCUCUGUCCCUCUAUUUAUACAUCCCCUUUCUCCUGUCUAAAGAAACUCAUCAAAGAGAGAAAAAAAAUACUACUAUACUACUAUGUCUCCAGCAGGUUCAUCAAGAUGGAGCCCUACCACAGAACAGCUCAUGAUCUUGGAGGAACUGUACAGGAGUGGUAUUAGAACUCCCAGUGCCUCUCAAAUUCAGCAAAUUACUACACACCUUUCUUUCUAUGGCAGGAUAGAAGGAAAGAACGUGUUCUACUGGUUUCAGAACCACAAGGCUAGGGAUAGACAGAAGCUAAGAAGGAAACUCACCAAGCAACUGCAGCUACAGCAGCAGCAGCAACAACAACAAUUCCAACUCCAUCAUCAUUGCCAACAACUCAAUCAAGAUCAUAUCACUAACCAUUUUGUUGGUAGCUUUGGUUAUAGCACUGCUCGUUCUACUACCCAUGAUUUUUCCUUUUUUAACUCACCUAGCUUGAUUUUUCAGGGAGGAGCUGCAAACACACCAGAACAAGCAUUGAGUUGCAAAUGGAAUGUGCAAAACCCUCAAAGUAAUUUGGUGGAGAAUAAAGAGAUGGCAUUCUGCAACUAUGGUUGGACACUUGUGGAUGUUGAUAAUCAAGCAUCUUCAUGUUGCACUACUCGACCUCUCAAGACUCUUGAUCUCUUUCCUCUCACAACUACCAGAAUCAAUGAAGACUGCACCGCCACACCACCCAAGUAGCUCUAACUCUAUCGUUCCAAAACUGCAUGUGUGUGACAUUUGAUGUUAAUAGCCUAUUGCUUAAGGAGUUUAAUCUCUAUAUAGGAAACCAUGCUGGAAUGUAUCAAUUAUACCAAUAGUACCAAGUCUUGUACGUAGGACCUUUGGUUGCACCUUGUGAAAGCAUGAUCCAAGUAUUCAACACUUUCAUUCUGGAAAAAAUCCUGUGGGUAUAUGUAUAUCCCAGUAUGAUACCAAGAUUAUUAAUUUUAUCCCAGAAGACCAUAUAAUGAACCUGUCACUUAUUUCUAAGUGGUGUUUGUUGUAUUCACUUUCGUUAGUUUAGUUAUAUCAGAUAAACAUAUUCUGGUUAAUGUGCUCAAUUUUAUGGAAAUUGUCAAACUGGUAAUUUGUGUAUUGAUA